AUGCCGGGCCACAAGUCCUUCCGCCGGCGCAGGGAGGACGAGGAGGAGGAGGAGGAGGACGAGCAGCUCGCCGAGGAGGUCAGGUUAAAACUUGAGGAAGCCAAAGAAGUUCAGAGCCUCAGAAAGCGGCCCAAUGGGGUGAGUGCUGUAGCUCUACUGGUGGGAGAGAAGUUGCAAGAAGAAGCCACACUUGUGGAUGACCCAUUUAAGAUAAAAUCUGGAGGAAUGGUGGACAUGAAGAAGCUGAAAGAAAGAGGCAAGGACAGGAUUAAUGAAGAGGAAGAUCUGAACUUGGGAACUUCCUUCUCAGCAGAAACCAACAGGCGGGAUGAAGAUGCUGACAUGAUGAAAUACAUUGAGACUGAGCUGAAGAAGAGAAAGGGAAUUGUGGAGAACGAGGAGCAGAAGGUGAAGCUUAAGAAUGCUGAGGACUCCCUGUACGAGCUGCCAGAGAACAUCCGUGUCUCCUCUGCCAAGAAGACUGAGGAGAUGUUGUCCAACCAGAUGCUGAGUGGCAUUCCUGAAGUGGACCUGGGAAUCGAUGCAAAAAUAAAAAACAUCAUCUCAACUGAGGAGGCCAAGGCCAAGCUGCUGGCAGAACAGCAGAACAAGAAGAAAGACAGUGAAACUUCCUUUGUUCCCACCAACAUGGCUGUUAAUUAUGUCCAGCACAACAGAUUUUAUCACGAGGAGCUGAAUGCACCAGUGCGAAGGAACAAGGAGGAGCCAAAGCCCCGUCCACUGCGAGUGGGGGACACGGAGAGGCCAGAACCUGAGCGGUCCCCUCCAAAUCGCAAACGUCCCCUCAAUGAAAAGGCCACAGAUGAUUAUCACUAUGAGAAGUUCAAGAAGAUGAAUAGGCGAUACUGAUGGAUGUGGACUGACGCCUUUGGAGUUGUAUAAAGGAUUUUGUGUCAGUGGCCUGCAGUGGAAUUUGGGAAGAGUCACUACCUUCAGAUGCUGAUGUUACCUACAAAGCUUUUCCUGUGUGGUCUUGUAGUGAAUCAGUUUGCAGGUGAUUGUGAGCUUUGUGGUUGGUGUAACUUUGUAUAUAAAUCUGUUCUUAUAAAUUAAGUUUUAUAAUGGAAAAUGAGCUUUCAUGGUUGGCAUUUUUUAAUGAGAAAACAAAUUGGCUUUUAUAGAUUUUUCUUUUCUCCGUCUUAAUACCAAAAAAGAGAUCCUUUAAAAGCAGCAAUGCUGUUUGCUUUGUAAAUGUAAAGCUCUUGGGAGCUUGUCUUCUUGUCCACAUAUCUUUCCCAGAAGUGCAGUUGGGUACUUGUAGUGAAGGUUUGUAAUUUGAAAACAGUAAAAGUGUUUUUUAAGUUAUCAUAGCAUUUUUUUCUUCUGGAAUUCAUGCUGAUGGGGUUUUCCUGGUUUGUGGGUUUUGGUCAUGCUGAUGGCCAGGUUUUCCCAUCGCUCAGAAGUGACAACUCCAGGGUAGGGAGAGACAACCUCCGAUUUCACUUUUUCUCAGAAAAGGGGAGGAAUUUCCGUGCCAGGCCUGAGGUUAGUUUGCCCCUGAGCUUGUGCUCUGUGCAGGUCAGCAGAGGAUCCCUUGAACAGAUGGUGUUAAACUGAGACAGGGGAGAUUUAGAUUAGAUACUAGAAACAAAAUUUUUCACUGUUCGGGUGGUCGGGCUUUAGAAUAGGCUACCCAGGGAGGCAGUGGGCACCAUUCCUGGAGGUGUUAAAGAGGUUGUGUCAGGAUAUGACACUGGGUUCUGUGUGGGUUUUGUGGUUAUGAGGUUACAGUGUCAGUGCUGGAUGGACAGUUGUACAUGAUGACGUUAAAGGUCUCUUAUAACAAUGAUGAUUCUUUGAUUCCUCCAUUCUAACACCCGGCGA